AUGGCGAGCAAGUUGAAGAGAAUUUUCCAGUUCCUCGCACCUGACGCUGAAAAGGGGUCAGAUGGGCGCGAUGUGUGGCCGUCUCGUACGGCAUUUGUGCUCGCAGCCAUGGGCGGCGCCGUAGGCCUGGGUAACCUUCUCCGAUACCCAUCAGUCGUCUUCGCCAACAACGGCGUCCAGUGGUUCAUCCCGUAUCUUCUCGCCCUGGUACUACUAGGCAUACCACUCCUUCUGCUUGAGAUCUCUAUCGGCCAAGCCUAUCGAGGAGGAUCGGUAAUCGCAUACAACGGCAUCAACCGACAUACCCGUGGCGUGGGCUUCGGUGUCAUCAUGACUGGAUACAUCGUCUCUACCUACUAUGUCCCCAUUCUUAGUUGGAUCAUGCAUUACUUUCGGUCCUCCUUCCAAAGUCCACUGCCGUGGACAGGUCGCGGUAAUGAGUUUUAUAUGCAAGACGUUAUUGCCAACGACGACCCCAUAGCUGGUACGACCGAUGGAAGCACUGUCACGUCCUAUACAAAGUAUCCAGGUACUGGACUUGUUGGUGAGACGGUUGGUUGGUGUGCCUUUAUGUGGCUAGCAGUGUAUCUCUGCUUGUUUAAAGGUGUUGGGGUAACUGGCCGCGCAGUGUACUUCACCAUGGGACUGCCUAUCAUCAUGAUGUUCGUCUUGAUGGGACGGGCUCUGUCAUUGCCAAACGCCAUCGAUGGAGUGAGACUAUACUUUGCAGAAUGGCACGGGGACAAGCUGGCGAAUGGCCAGAUCUGGCAGGCAGCUUGUGGACAGAUUUUCUUCUCCAUCGGGGUCGGAUUCGGAUACUUCACAGCGUAUGCGUCUUACAACAGCCGCUUUUCCAAUGCUGUCCAGGACGCAAUCAUUAUUUCCCUCAGCAACUCGUUGUACGAGGUAUUAGCCGGUUUUGCCGUGUUCGGUAUUGUGGGCUUCUUGGGUCUUCGGCCAGAGGAUAACGUUGAACUAACCACAUUCUCUGUUGGCUUUCUCACCUAUCCUCUUGCUCUUGCUGAAAUGCCAGGGGCCAACGUUUGGGCCGUUUUAUUUUUCCUGACUCUGGCUUUCCUGGGUUUGAGCUCAGCGUUUGCUCUUACCGAGUCCAUGGUCACCCUGCUCUGCGACUCUGAUCUCAGCAAAAGGUUUCCUCGAAUAGCCAUAUCCACCGGCAUCAUCGUCAUAUCCUUUCUUAUCUCUCUCAUAUAUUGUACGAAAUUCGGUUUCUACCUCCUGGAUGCUGUAGAUACCUGGAUAAACAAUCUGUCGCUCAUGUUUAUCGCCUGCUGUGAAGGUUUGGUGUGCACGACGCUAUAUCGACACCGGGAUAUCUGCAAGCAAGUUGGCUGGGCAGCAUACUUGGUCUAUGCAGGCUGCUAUGUAAUGGCCAUGGUGCUCGGUGUUGCUGUCGGACAUGCAGUAAGUCCCGAAGCUGGAGCAGGAGUGGGAUUUGGUCUCUUCGUCAUCGGCACCAUUAUUUCCUUGUUCAUCGCCAAGCCUCCAGACUCUAUUCCUCCAAAGUUCUGGGGACGGAACGUGUGGUUGAGCAAGUUCUGGUGGGUUGCGUUCUAUUCGGGCAACCAACUUACACGCGACCUCAACUCUGUCGUAGCCACCGGAAAGAAUUGGCGAAUUCCUUUCUUCUGGGCUCCAAUUAUUCGCUACGUAUCUUGUCCGAUUCUCUGCAUUAUCAUGUCUUUCGCAUAUCCAGCCUUCUACAAGAAGCGCAUGGAUCCUCUCCACAUAUUCGCAUUUGCAGUCGCACAUGUCAUCAUGGUAAUUGUGGUAGUUGGGUUCAUUUUCCCGCGAGGUUUUGACAUUUUCAUUCCCCCUAAGCGGCGGGAAGACGGAAGAACAGCAUAUGCUCCCCAGAUCACAGUCAUGUCCGCGUAUGAAGGAAAUGAUGCUGUUGAGACUGGCGAGGCUGAGGAGCAAGACCAAGGCUUCGGCAAAGAGGCCAAGAGGGAAAGCAGCUAA